CAUUCAUCUAGCUGCCUCUCAUCGGCACAGCCAUGUAAAGAUGAGCAGUAGGCCGAGCAACACCUCCGGGAGCGUCAGCAUGGUUUCCGCGGCGAUGCCAGCUCCGGAGCCCGCCACCAGCAGCACCACGGCGGACCCCAGCGUAUCGUGGCUUCCCGACUCUCCGACGGUGCUGGAGGAGCCGAUAUUCCUCAUGACCACAGCGGCACAGGGCAUCUCGGGAUUCUUUGUAUGGACAGCUCUCCUCCUAACGUGCCACCAGAUCUACAUGCACCUGCGAUGUUACAGCACCCCAAAUGAGCAGCGCUACAUCGUUCGAAUCCUCUUCAUUGUCCCCAUCUAUGCUUUUGACUCGUGGCUGAGUCUGUUGUUCUUCACCAAUGACCAGUACUAUGUGUAUUUUGACACUGUCCGGGACUGCUAUGAAGAGACACAGACGAGCAAAAUAAGCUCAUAG